CUAAAGUCUUGUUGUUAUUGUCAAAAAGUGUCAAAUUAACGUGAUUAUACAUACUUAUAUUUAUUUUUCGACUAAAUCUAAGCUUUAAGUAGUAAAAAACGUUAAGUAUCGUAUUAUAGUGAAAGUAAGUUAUCGCCUAAUAUGGCAACGGAAAAGGGUGCGAAGCAGAUUACGAAAAACAUCAAAAAAGAGUCACAACCUGGGGAUGUUAAUGGUAUGGGGGUGCCUUUGUUCCUAAAAAAGCUUUGGAAAAUAUUGUAUGAUGAAGACAGUGAGAAUAUAAUUGAAUGGAGCCCUUUGGGAGAUGCUUUCAUUAUCUACGACCAAAUACAGUUCAUGAUGGUUUUGCUGCCCAAAUACUUCAAGCACAACAAUUUGGCGAGCUUCGUGAGGCAGCUGAACAUGUACGGGUUCCACAAACGGCAGCAUUCUGAAAAGGAUGGAGAAAUGGAGUUUAACCACCCGUAUUUCAUGAAGGACUUGCCAGAAUUGUUGAAGUUUAUCUCGCGCAAAGCCCCUGUGCACCGAAACCAGCAGAACAGCAAGGACGUCGCGGAGCCGUACGAGUUGGACGCGAUUUUUAAAUCGAUUAAAAUCAUGAAGAACAAGCAAAAUUUGGUCGAUAACGAGUUGAAGUCUCUAAAGCAAGAAAAUGGGGCCCUAUGGAGCGAGUUAAACAAUUUGAGGGUCAAACACGCCAAACAGACGCAGAUCAUCAACAAGCUGAUACAUUUUUUGGUGCACUAUAUGCACAGUUCGAGCGUACAAAAACGGCAAGGUUCCAGAAUCACCAAGGAGAGUAAAAGUCAGACUUUAAACAAAAGGCCGGGCUUUUUCGAGUUGGAGUACAACAAAAACAACCCCGUUAAGAAAAAGAAGUCCAACAGUAAAGACGAAGGCCCCACAAUAUUCGAGUUAGAGCAUAAUGAUUGCCCGAAUGAAUACUGGAAGAAAUACGACGAAAAAAUGUUGUUUGUGGAUCCACCAGGACAACACAUUGUAACCGAACCGGAUGAAGACUCCAGUGAAAGUGAAAGUUUAAACCCCAACAUAAACGAGAUAACAGAAACCCCUAACCUCACUUACUCGAACAUAAUACAGGAAAUGGCGGAUAACGAAGACUUGCUGAAAGAAGUAUCACCAAGCGAGGUUCUAGACCAACCGAGCACCAGCAAAAGCAUACCGAACAUAACGGAAAAAACUUCCAUAACGCUCGACAAAGCUUUGAGCUCCAAGGAAAACUUUAAUUUGUUCCUGGACAGCACCCAAACUGAGCUCAACAACUUCCAAGAAACGCUGAGCGGUUUGAGUCAGAACGACAUAGCUCAACUGUUGGAUUUGUUCGAGAGCAAUGUGCCUCUGCCGAUUGAGGCAAGUGAGGUUAACGACCCGGAAGUGGUCCUAACCCUGGCAGGGCUGCCCAAAACGGACCCUAAAGUCACGAUAAACCCCGACGAUAUGCUGAAUCUCACGAACGAGAUCGACAAGAUUCAAGGGGAGAACAACUUAAUUCAGAACUUUAAUUUGGGGGACAAUAGGGACUUGAAUAUGACCAGCAUGGAUUAUUUGCAGAAUGACAACAGUGUCACAGAAGAAAAUGUCGAUUUGGACAUUCUAAACUUGCUUGGUACGGAAUCCAACGAUGGUUAAUUUGGUAAAACAAAUAAUUGAGGUUAUGUCAGUUAAUCGGCAGUUUCGU